AUGUUGUGUACUGUAAUGGGCUCUCUCAAAUUUCAACUUCCCCAAUUGAGAUUCCCCCAAAACCCACAAACCCAUAAACCCCAAUUCCCAAAAAUCGCCUGCGGUUUGAGGGGUGGACCCAGGAAGCCCUUGUGGAGGUCAAGGGUGCUGUCCACAGAAGCCAUACAAGUUGUUCAGUCCCUCAAGUUGGCCAAAUCUUCCAUUAAAUUGGAGGAGGUUUUCAGUAGCAGGGUCAGCAGGCUCUUGAAGUCGGAUUUAUUGGAUACAUUGGCCGAGUUGCAGAGGCAAGGUGAAUUGGACUUAACCCUAAAGGUGUUUGAAUUUAUCCGGAAGGAAGUAUGGUACAAACCAGAUCUAUCCCUGUACUCUGAUAUGAUUAUGAUUCUGGGAAAGAAGAAACUGAUUGAAAUGGCUGAAGGGCUUUUCUCUGAACUAAAGAAGGAAGGCUUGGAACCUGAUACAAGGGUUUAUACUGAGAUGAUUGGAGCGUAUCUGCAAGUGGGUAUGACAGAGAAGGCAAUGGAGAUGUAUGGGUUGAUGAAGGCUUCAGGCUGUGCUCCAGACAAAUUGACCUUAACUAUUUUGAUCAGAAACCUCGAGAACGCCGGAGAAGAAGAGCUUGCUGCAGGUGUAAAGAAGGAAUGUGAGGAGUAUGUCGAUUAUCCUAAGAAAUUCCUUGAAGAAAUAGAAAAGAAAUAUCCAAAAAGACGGUCGGUCAACCUUGUUUGACAACUUCCAGAACUUCACCAAGCUGGCUGAGCUCUUGUUGGAGAAACAUCUAUGCUGCUAAAUGGUGAUGAACCUCACCAAACCCUCUUUAGAGCCUAAUUAAUAUCAGCAUCAGACCAAGCAAGGUUCAAGGUGAUACAGACUAAGUUUCAACCUACUUUAUCAACUUCCCCCUGGCCUCGCCUCACCUGGGAGCUUUGAUCUGGGAAAAGGUUGGGAUAACUAGUCAAAGAUUAUAUUUGCAGCACCAGAUGGUUGAUGAUGCAUUGUUGUAAAGGAAUUAUAUUUUCAAAUGUAGGAUAUGACUCACAAGUUUUCAUGUAUCAUUCUGAGAAACUUUUGCAAGAAAUUUCUUAUUUAUAGCAUAUAUUAUUAUGCAAUAAUACACAGUAUGCAGCAUUAUGAUCA